AUGGUGGUCUGCAAGUUCUUCCUGGAGGGAAGAUGCAGGUUCGGCGUCAGAAUAGCUUUGCGGCUCUGUCAAAUUCUAGCGCUGGAUUUGGCAGUCGCCCACGCUCCGGCAAUGCACUUGCAGUUGGCCAAGUGGGAUCCUAGCAAGCCGCCCACGCAUCCAGACCAGGGAGCUCCGGAAUUCAGUCCUGAAGAAAUGCGAUACAAGUUCUAUCUGGCAACCGCCAACAACCAGCGCGAUGCAUAUGUGAACUGGGAAGCGACAGUGAUGCAGAACCUGAACAACCAGGUCAACAGCAUACUGAACGACAUUCCAGGUGCGCUCCGCCACUGCCAGAAUACAGCCAUACCCGACAGCGAAAACCGUAACAAACAGCUUAUCGAGCCCACGGGUCGACUAAGCACUACCCAGCCACAAUCGAACGGAUUUGGACAAUCAUCGCAACCCAGCGGAGGCUUCGCAGCGCCCGCGCGCCCGGGCUUUGGGGCAGCAUCAAGUCUGAAUGCACCAAAACCUGCCUUCGGAGAUCCGUCAGCGCUAGGCGGCGGAUCAGCAUUCGGGAAACCGUCUGGCCUAGGCGGUAGCGGAGCCACCUUCGGACAGCCUGGUGGUGGAGGAGGAGCUUCUGGCUUUGGUGCAGCUUCGUCAUUGGGACAGCAAAGCAGUCCAUUUGGCGGUGGAAAUCAACAGAAACCAUCUCCGUUUGGUCAGCCGGCUCAAUCAAAUGGAGCCUUUGGUGCUCCGUCACAACAGCCUGCAUUCGGCCAGAGUGCUUUUGGAGCUGCCGCCGCAAAACCAGCAUUUGGUCAGGCAGGAGGAGGAUUUGGAAACACGUCUGCUCCCACCUUUGGUCAAGCAGGAUCAGGCUUUGGAGCUGCUUCUAAGCCAGCUUUCGGGCAGUCGUCAUCGCCAUUUGGUCAAGCUGCCCAACAGCCAGCAGCUAGAGGGUUUGGCGGUCAGCAGCAGCAGUCUAAUGGCUCGGCGUUUGGGCAGCCCACUGCUUUCGGUGCCAACAAGCCGUCGCCAUUUGGGGCACCGCAGCAACAACAAAGCUCGGUGGGAUUCGGGCAAGCGAGUCAACCGGUAGGCAGCAAUUCAUCGCCAUUCGCUGCACCUGCGUCGACAGCGAAACCCAAUCCGUUCGCCGUGCCAUCUGCUCAGACUACCCAGCAGUCCUCUUUCGGUCGGGUAUCACAGCCUUUCGGCGCAGCUUCGGCAACCGGCCAAACCCCGUCCGUCGCGAAUUCGACCUCAUGGAAAGGAAAACGCAUUGUCUACAGUGACAAGGAUCCGGGACACAAGAGGCCCUGCUACGAAGUCCCUGACUCAAGAUUUGCAACCACCGGAGGCAACAGAUUGGAGCGGAUCUGGUUUCCAACGGGCCCACCUCCUGGACCAGCAUUCACCGCCGAGGCUCUCCCGCAUGUAUAUGAGGACCCAACUAUCGGGCCACAAUUGAGAGAAGUAUACGAACAUGUCAGCAAGACCGGACUUUUCAGAGACGGUCUCAUACCCGAAAUACCGCCCAAGAAAGAGUGGAUCAGCUUCGACUUUUAG